AGGGCGGGGUGCGUGUUUGCGCGAGUGACUCGGCCGACCCCUCCGGCGGCUGCCUCCACCCAAGUGGGUGGGGACCCGCCCAGCCCGGGCGGCCGCGGCGGCUCCCUCUCCCCUCCCUGACCCUCCCACCCCGGGUCCCAGCCUCUACUUACCCCGCCAGCCCCGGGAGGCUCGCAGAGCGAGCGGCGCCGGCGUCAUGUGACUGCCCGGAGUUGGUGCCAGGAGCCAGAGGGGAGCCAGGAGCGGAGCCGCGCGGAGCCGGGGCCCGAGCCGGAGCGCAGCGCGAGCGCCCGCCGCACGCGCGCCCGUCCCCGUUCCUGUCCCCGUGCCCUGCGGCCGCCACCGCCACCCCGGCUGGCGCGCUGACAUUACUGCAUUCGCGGGGUUCAAGGCGGCUCGGAUCAGGGCCUUUAUUUCUCGUCUGCAGCGCUCAGCACCGCGCCUCGAAAAGCCAAACACCAGAGCACCCUAGAAAGCCAAACUAAAAGAAUGCUCAUGUUUGACCCAGUCCCUGUCAAGCAAGAGGCCAUGGACCCCGUGUCAGUGUCCUACCCAUCCAAUUACAUGGAGUCGAUGAAGCCCAACAAGUACGGCGUCAUCUACUCCACACCGUUACCGGAUAAGUUCUUCCAGACCCCGGAGGGCCUGUCGCACGGGAUGCAGAUGGAGCCGGUGGACCUGACCGUGAACAAGCGCAGUUCCCCGCCCUCUGCAGGCAAUUCUCCUUCCUCGCUGAAGUUCCAGCCCUCGCACCGGAGAGCCUCGCCCGGCCUGAGCAUGCCCUCUUCCAGCCCGCCCAUGAAGAAGUACUCGCCACCUCCCCCGGGCGUGCAGCCCUUCGGCGUGCCGCUGUCCAUGCCCCCGGUGAUGGCCGCCGCCCUGUCCCGCCACGGCAUCCGCAGCCCCGGGAUACUGCCCGUUAUCCAGCCCGUCGUGGUGCAGCCGGUCCCCUUCAUGUACACCAGCCACCUCCAGCAGCCGCUCAUGGUCUCCUUGUCGGAGGAGAUGGAGAACUCAAAUAGCAGCAUGCAAGUACCUGUAAUUGAAUCAUAUGAGAAGCCUAUAUUACAGAAAAAAAUUAAAAUAGAACCGGGGAUUGAACCACAGAGGACAGAUUAUUAUCCUGAAGAAAUGUCACCCCCUUUAAUGAACUCAGUGUCCCCCCCGCAAGCACUGUUGCAAGAGAAUCACCCGUCGGUCAUAGUGCAACCAGGAAAGAGACCUUUACCUGUGGAAUCUCCGGACACCCAAAGGAAGCGCAGGAUCCACAGAUGCGACUAUGACGGAUGCAACAAGGUGUACACUAAGAGCUCUCACUUGAAAGCGCACAGAAGAACACACACAGGAUUGGCCAGUGGGCUCCUUGUGGGCAAGACCAACAUCUCCCUCGUGGAGGUGGAUCCAGGACCCAGCUCGGUGCCCAAUGAGAAGAGCUCUGUUAAGUGUUUAUGA